UAGGGAUUCAUACAGCGAAUCACCGAAAACGUUUGGGUUCAUUAGUCUUCAGGUUGGAUGACGUAUUCUGUUGGAAACGGCUAUGGGAUUAUGCACGGUACCCUUUCUUCUCCGUAGAAAUGAACUACUCAAUCGCACGAUGUUCCAUCACCAUGCUCUCGUUUGUUUAAUAAUUUUAUGACAGUCCUAAAUCCCUGAGCUCGCGCAUUGGACACUUUCCAGAUCAGAUUGUUGACUGACUUCAGGGCUUUGGGUUUUGUGCGCUGCUCCUCGUAGCAAACUCAACAAACGUCACCGAGAACUCGCAACUGGAAUUAGCAAAGUUGUCUAAAGUUGACCGCUUUUCAAGUGGACACGAUUCUUUUUGUUGCACAUGUGGGGUAGGUAGGAUACACAUUUCGGACAAUGUUGAUAUCAUCGUUCAUAUCUCAGAUACGAACUGGUUUGUGCGAAUGUUAUUUGUAAUGCGGAAGGUUAAACCACUGAAAUGCAUUGUACGGACUGUUAUUUAAGACAGCAGAAAAGAUUUAUUUUGAAUCUAUGAAUGCGCACUGCCAAAACAGCGAUAGACAUAAGGGUUCCGCGAACGGGACGUUUCUAAAUCGUGGUGCAGGUGUUACUCCACACAAGGAAAGUGCCAAAGUGGAAUGAGCCCUUGUUUGGAUCUUCAAGAGUGCUGUGGUGUCCCAUGCAAUGAAUGAAAUGUGCAAAAGAGGAUUUUCAGCCCUAACUAUUUAAACUGAGAUCGACCUGGAACUUCCAUGGAAUAAAUCCAGAGCCAUUCCGGCUGUCAAAAUGAGCCUUUGUUUUUACUUUUGGAGGAUCUCGCAAAUAAUUUUUGCUAUGAUUUCAACAGUAGUUACACAAGAACUGAGCCCGGAGCUGGGAGAGAACACCAAGAGCCCCCCUCUGUUCCCCAUGUCCCUCCCCAUCAGCUACCAGGUGCUGGGUGCAGACUACCUCUUCCUGAAGGAGGCCAACCAGGACAUCAUGCAGAACUCCAGCAUGCAGACGCACUCCCAGCCUCUCGUCCUCCUGCAGGCCACCCGGCCGCCCUCCAUCAACGCCAGCUACGGGCCGCUGUCCGUGGCCCGGGCCGUGCCGCUCGACCUGGUCCAGACGGUCCGGCUCUUCCGCUCCCCCAGGGCCUCCACCUUCAGCUGGAAGAUCCAGGCCUUCGUGCUGACCCGCCGGGUCCUCUCCUCCGCGCCGAAGGUGCGGGUGCUCUUCUACGUGGCGGGGAGGGAGUGGGACGGCGGCGAGGCGGGCGCAGACGACGAGCUGCCCUGCGUGACGGUGUUCGCUUUCUGGCAGACGCAGGAGGUGAGGGGCUCCUGCUCCCUGGGGGGGCAGAGGGGGACCUGCCUGGCGGAGCUGGAGCCCCCGGCCGGCUGGUUCAGCCCGGCCGAGGAGACCUCCAGCAGGGAGAGGCAGGGGCCGGAGGAGGGCAACGCCGUGGAGCUCUACUACCGAACGCGCCCAAGCUCCCGCGGGGGGCGCAGCGGCGAGGGCGGGGGGCGGCGUGGCGGGGCCCGGCCGCCGCCGUCGCCCGACGAGGAUUACGCCACGCCCAUGCUGAGGAUCGGCAGCGUGCGCCUCCUGCAGGUGGCCCGGGGAAACGCGUCCGUCUCUCAGCUCAAGCUCGGAGACUCGAUCAUCAUACAGACGUCCUCCAAGCCGUUGAAGAAAACGGACAUCACCACCUUCUACGUGUUCAUGUCCAGCUCCUCCUCCUUGGACAAAUUUACGCUCAAAGCCACUGUGAAGAAAGGCAUGUCUUUCUGCACAGCCACGCCCAGCAACUCACUCCUCUGGGACACCACCCUAGACACUGGGGCAGAUGGCACCAUCUCCAUUGUGUGCCAGAAGAAGACCACCACUCCCAGGAAAAGGUUGGAGGGCAACCUGAGGGAGAUCCUGCAGCUGGACUUUGAAGCCGAGGAACUCAGUGGGCAUUCUGAGAGCCAAGUGAUCACGUGGCGGCUGGAGUUGCCAGGGAAGGCCAAGGCGGGCCAUGAGGGCACCAUGAGGAUCUACACCACUCAAAGGGACUUUGUGGGCCUGGCUCCACUUGUAACGGACACAGAGAUCCUAAACACAGCGGUGCUAACCGGGAAGAGGGUUACGGUGCCAGUGAGGACGGUGGCAGUCGAGCAGGAUGGAUCUGUCACUGACGUCUCCGAGUUCACAGACUGCCGGUCGACCAACGAGGACAUCCUGAAGGUGUCGGACAGGUGCGACUACGUCUUCGUGAACGGGAAGGAGAUGAGGGGCAAGGUCAAGAUGGCGGUGAACUUCACCUACAGCUACCUGAGCGCCCAGCUGGAGAUGACCGUGUGGAUCCCCCGCCUCCCCCUGCAGAUCGAGGUGUCCGACUCCGAGCUCAGCCAGAUCAAGGGCUGGAGGGUGCCCAUCGUGGCCAGCAAGAGAACCAGCUGGGACAGCGAGGAAGAGGAUGACCGCAAAGGGAAGGGCUGCAUGCUGCAGUUCCAGCACGCCCUGGUCCGGGUGCUCACGCACUUCGUGGCCGAUCGGUCGGAGCCGCGCGAGCAGCUGGCCUACUUCCUGGGGGAGGACUGGCAGGUGGACGUCACCAAGCUGGUGCGCUACUUCCUGAAGGUGGGGGACCCGCGCGUCGCCCGGCUCCAGGCGGGGAGGGUGCUGUCUGGCCGGGAUUUCGGGGUCACCACCGUCCAGGUGAUGUCCCCCCUAUCAGACUCCAUCCUGGCUGAGAAGACAGUGACGGUGCUGGAUGACAAAGUGACCAUCACAGAGCUGGGUGUGCAGCUGGUCUCUGGCCUCUCCCUCUCCCUGCAGCUCAGCCCAGGAAGUAACAGGGCCAUCGUUGCCACGGCUACCACGCAGGAAGUGCUGCAAAGAUCUAAACAGGAAGCAGUGAUCAGCUCCUGGAUCCAGUUCAGCGACGGUUCCCUGACGCCCCUGGACAUCUACGAGCCCAGCUGCUACACGCUGGCAGUGACGUCGCUGGACGAGGGCGUGGUGUCGGUGCGCAGGUCCCCGGCGGCGGUGGUGGCGGAGGGCGAGGGCCAGGGGGCGCUGUUGAGGGUCGAGCUCUUAAUCACGGAGCCGUGCCAGAAGUCCAAGCGCAAGAGCACGCUGGCGGUGGGCAGCAGCACCCUCAAAGUAAGCUUCCAGCCCGGGGGUCAGCGCCCGAGUAACCGUAGCAACAGCGGCGGCAGCGACUACGGCAGCGACAGCGAGGAGCUCGGCGCCGAACGCAAGCGGAAGCCCCAGAGGGGCCCGACCAACCGCUCAGCGACGGAGCGCGAGGAGAGCGCCAUGCGCAAGGUCACCACCACCGCCCGGUCGGCCGCGCCGGACCUGGCAGCGAGCAGGGAAACGGGCGGCGACGGCAUGGGCGCCGGGGGCAACGUGGGCAACAUUGUGAAUGCGGGAAACACCAGGCCUGGGAGCACUGCCGGGGGGGGGAACGAGGGGGUGGGCAACAGAGAUGGCAGCGUCGUCGGGCGGGGCCCGGGAAAGGGCCACGGCAAUCUGGUGGACUACACCGGCUUCCCGUCCCAGGUGGAGGUGCCCGGGCGGAAGGAGGCCGGGGAGGAGGAGGAGGAGGAGGAGGAGGGGAAUGGUCUGACGCAGGCCUCCCGCCCCCUGACGGACCUGGAGAUCGGCAUGUACGCCCUGCUGGGGGUCUUCUGCCUGGCCAUCCUGGUCUUCCUCGUCAACUGCACCUCCUACGCGGUCAAGUUCGGGCACAAGCGGGCCCCGGCGCAGGACCAGGAGCCGCGCGGGCACCGCCACGACUGGGUGUGGCUGGGCACCGACGCCGAGCUGGUGAUGAACGUGCCGGGCACCCCGCCCCCCCAGGACAGCUACAGCACCACCGUCAUCGACAUCGCGCCCGCCGCGGACAUGACGGCCUCCCUGGGCCGGGGGGCCGGCUGUGAGCCCCAGGCCGAGGCCCCCGUGGGCUGCAUGGGGUCCCUCAGGGCCAAGGCCGGCGGGGGCGAGCCCGUGCACUCCCCCACCAGCAAACGCAAGAGGGUGCAGUUCACCACCUUCGCCUCGCUCGACCGACGCCGCACCUCCGACGCCAAGCCGAAGGAGAACGCCCAAGACAUCCAGUGGGUUGGAAAGGAGGAGGACCUUGAGGAGCCCCAAGUGCCCACCGUGGACCGCCUAUGACCGUCUGUGACGGUCCAUCCAGUGUCCAGUGUCCAUUCACCUGGAUGCCUUCCGUCAGUGGGAAAGGACAGGAGCACGUGGCUAACAGCAAAGAUCACCACCCCUGGGGAUAAGAACAUUCACUACAACGACCUCUCUGGGAACCUUGCUUUGCCUGAGUCUGCCUGAGGGGCCUGCUGCAAACAAGCUGCUCUGCUCUGGGACCCUGAGCCGGCCAGCCUGUCUGUCACACGCUGCAUUUAUAAUGUAAUAGGCUUAAGACGGAGUCAUGUCAGUCAUGUCGGCUGCUGACUGGUGCGCAGGACGGGCAGAGGGGAAUCUGAUUCAUGUAGCAGAGGAGUGUGCUGGAGGGGCACAAGCGCCAAUCACUCUGCCAGGACCACACUGUGUUGACAUCUCCCCUUAUUAGAACUGGACACACGCACAUGUGUGCACGCACACACAUGCACAGGCACACAUAUGCGCACAAACACGGACACACACACUCACACACCCACUCACUCAUGCUUGUAUCCAGUUUAACAAAACUAUGGUACGCAUGACAGUGUUAACACCAACAGUACGCAACCAGGAGACACGGCUAAAUAAGGGAUUGUUUUAUAUCUGUAAUUGUCAAUAUUGUAUAGGAUUAUUUGCUCUUUUAAAUUUAUUUGACUUUCUGACAUUGCUACUUUGUGUGUACAGCCUGAUAUGAUUUCUUAUUAAAACUAGAAGACUGAAUAAAUUUUACUUUCUUUG